UCGGUAGCGUAUGAUCUUCAUUCUCAUUCUCUCGGAAAAGCGUCUUAAAGCGCCCGGAUGCUGAUCGUUAACGACCGUUUCAGCCUCUCGAUAUAAACCAAGCAGCCCUCGGGAGUUUCGACGCCUUUCCGUGAUGAAUUUUCCCCUCCGUCACAAAUUCGGGCGGACCGAAGCGCUGCCGGAAAACCAUUAGCUCGUUUUUGCGCGUGUAUGCGUGUAAACGUGAACGUGUGUCCAACCGAACCCGGUCCGGAUCAUGAACGCGCCGCUGUGUCGCGUGCCUUGUUGAAGCGGCGGGCCGCACGGGCUGAAAACAGCGCGAGUCUCGCGCUUCUCUUGGUGUUAGCCUGAUCGCUGCUAACGGGCCUUAAAAACCAUCCCGGUCGGAUCUACACGGUCCGAUCUCAACAUCUGUCCGGGCUUUAACAGGAUCCCGAGGAGGACGCGAGCAUGGCCGCCCGAUUGACCGCAGAAGAGGAGCAGGCAACUAAGCAGUUUUUGGAAGAGAUCAAUAAAUGGACAUCCCAACAUGGUGUCACGCCGUUAUCCUGGGACGUGGCGGUAAAGUUUCUAAUGGCCCGCAAAUUCGAUGUCCUGCGAGCAAUUGAGCUUUUCCACAGCUACAGGGAGACUCGGUUGAGGGAAGGAAUCGUCAAACUUCAGCCUCACGAGGAGCCUUUACGCUCCGAGCUGCUUAGUGGAAAGUUCACCGUUCUGGGUGUCCGUGACCCGUCUGGAGCAUCCAUCGCCCUGUACACAGCUAAACUGCACCAUCCCAGCAAAACAGGAAAUCAUGUGGUUUUGCAGGCCUUGUUUUACUUGCUGGACCGAGCCGUGGAGAGUUUUGAGACUCAGAGAAAUGGACUGGUUUUCAUUUAUGACAUGGCUGGAUCCAACUACACAAACUUCGAACUGGAUUUGAGUAAAAAGAUCCUUAAUCUACUCAAGGGCGCAUUUCCAGCACGUCUGAAGAAAGUGCUCAUUGUCGGAGCUCCUGUGUGGUUCCGAGUGCCGUAUAACCUACUGAGCCUCUUACUUAAGGAGAAAUUGAGAGAACGGGUUCAGAUGGUGAAGAUGGCCGACCUGCGACAGCAUCUGCCCAGAGACUGUUUACCUGAACACCUGGGUGGCUGUCUGCCUCUGGACGUGCACAGCUGGAACAUGCAGCUGCUGUCUGAGCAGAACGGCCGCGUGGAUCCCGUGGAUGAGCUGGUGGGGAUCCCGCUGGAGAACGUCUCCAUACACACCCCUGGACCUGACGGGAUGGGUCUGCCCGAGCUCAUGGCCCACCUGAACCGGGCUCAGCGCAGCGGUAUCUACAUGGAGUACGAAGAGAUCCGCAGAGAGCAGCCGCCGGGAACUUUCUCCUGUUCGAUGGCCGCUCACAACCAGGAGCGAAAUCGCUAUGGCGACGUGCUGUGUCUCGAUCAAACACGUGUGCGACUCAAAGCGAGACGAAAUGAGAGAUCAGACUACAUAAACGCCAGCUUUAUGGACGGAUACAAGCAGAAGAAUGCGUAUAUUGGGACUCAGGGAGCACUGGAGAAAACGUACGGAGAUUUCUGGAGAAUGGUUUGGGAGCAAAAUGUGCUUGUUAUCGUCAUGACAACAAGGACGGAAGAGGGCGGCCGGAGGAAGUGUGGACAGUACUGGCCUCUGGAGGAGUGCGGUCAGGAGGUCUAUGGACACAUCGCUGUGGUCAAUCACAGAGUGGACAACCACGCCCAUUACAACCAAACCACACUGGAACUACACAACACAGAGACGUUUGAACAGAGACAGGUGACUCAUUUCCAGUUCCUCAGCUGGCCUGAUUACGGGGUGCCGUCCUCCGCGGUGUCUCUCAUCGAGUUCCUGGGAGCCGUGAAGCAUCAGCAGCAAUGGGCGGUCCAGGCUCUCGGGUCACAGUGGAGGGGUCAUCCACUUGGGCCGCCCAUGGUGGUCCACUGCAGCGCUGGCAUUGGGAGAACCGGUACAUUUUGUGCAUUGGACAUCUGUCUGUCCCAACUGCAGGACGUUGGGACCCUUAACGUCUGUCAGACGGUCCGGCGGAUGAGAUCGCAGCGUGCCUUUAGCAUUCAAACACCUGAGCAGUACUAUUUCUGCCACACCGCAAUUCUCGAGCAUGUCCAGAGACAGGGCCUGCUCUCUGCCAAUCAUUGAGCAGCAUGACCAACUCUUAGCCAAUCAGAGGUGUGAAGGGCCAAUCUCAGCCAAUCAGUAAGAGAAUCGAAUCUUAUGAUGUGGUUGGUCAGUGAUUUUCUUCCAGGAUAUAUUUGCCUCAACAGCUUGUUUUAUUAUUACUGAUCGACACCAGUUAUUUCAAUAUUAUCCUGAUGGUUGGCAGCCUAAAUAGUUACCAUAAGUGAGUGGUCCACCUGUUCUAUAAAGUGUCUGUAAUGUUGCAGGUUUGUCUGUGAAUGUUGUCAAAGUUCAGAUAUUUCACACAAAUAUGCUGCACUCGAAUAUUAUUUGGGACAAUGAUGCAACUGAAGUUCCAAGACUUUACUUCAGAUCAUUUACUGUAAUGAUUAAACAAGAGAAAACUUGACAUUUGUUUAAAAAAAUACUUUUUGCACAUAGCUCAUAGUGCAAGCUGGUGUUUUGUGUCGUUUUGCCACAGACCAAUGAUUCAUUCUUAUAAUGGCGCCUCAGACCAAUAAUCCAUCCUUCCACUUUUUCAAAGUUUUUUUUUUGGUUAUUUACUCUUCUUUAUAUCAUUUUAAACCUGUCAGGUUUUCUGUACUUUAUGCAACGGGUGAAGUUAAGCAGAUAUAUAAUGUGUGCUCUUUUCAUGCAGUUAAAGUGAAUUUGGACAGAUGCUGAAUGGCAGUUGGACAUGAAGGAAAAUUCUAGGUUAAGGAUUUGUCGCUUUAAAAGAUUGAAAAUUUGAUUAAACUACAAUCGUGGUAACAAAAAUAAUAUUUACAUAGUUUUUAAAUCGUGUAUUAAAUGCUUAUGCACAUGCCCCAUAAAUUCCCAAUGUAGGUCUCAUAUUGUAACCUUGAUGUUUUUUUAUCAAAAACAUUUUUUUUUGGUGAUAGUUUAAAGUAUUUUUAUCAUAAACAUUAUGCCAUAAAUGUAAUUUAACUUUAUUUCAGCCUGAGAUUUUGUAUGGCGUUAGACUAUGGAAUAUAGCUAACAAAUACACUUUUUAUUUGCCUUUUUGGAGCUGGCUAGUGUCUGUCCAUAUUCAAUUUCAUAUGAAGAGCAGUGUCUUUUCCUUGACAAGCGUUUAGUUUUUUUAGUUCUGCUUAUUUUUGAGAUUUACUUAUGUGUCCAGUCCAGUGCAUUAUUCUAGACACUCUAGAGUUUAUUUAUAUGCUGAAAUUGACUUAAGACUGAAUAAUUUCUUGAUGCCUCUGUAGUUUGUACGACUUGUGCAGUUAAAUGAAACGGAUGACUAAUAACAAAAUUCUGAUGGUGUGGAUGGCUGGACGUGAAAAGUUCUUCACCAACUCUUGCAGCGUCAUCGGAUCUGUGAACCUCCACACUUCAAUGAUGUAUUCUUUAUUUAGUGGGACGACAAAUUGAGUCAUUUUCAUUUUGUAAUAUUUUUGUCUAUAUUGUACUAAUAACAUGUUUAAAAUUAUAUCUAAGUGCAUUUAGAAUCGCUUUUUAUUCUGUUGUGGAGUUAAAGAGUCGUUGCUACCGAAUUCAUAUUGAAUUUGCUUGUAAACACACUCCAAAUGAUUUCAGGAUCUGCAGUCCUGCCUCCAUGGGCACAAAAUGUGACCAGUUGUAUUUUUCUAUUAUAUUCAAGUUGUAUGUCCUUAUUACUCUCAAAUAUAUAUGUAAAUUAUAUUUUCAUUUAUAUCCGAUUUUUCUUUUUAUGGGAUUUAACUAACCUAAAAAUGCCAAGCUUGUGACAUUAAUGUGUUUGCAGCAGUUUUGUUGUAGUGAUAAAAAGAGCCUUAUUCCACACAUGUGGAUCGAUUCAAAGUUUGUGCAAGGACUGUCUGCACAUUUCUGCUGCCUUUGUGUAUGUCUGUCUCCCAAAAAAAUAAACUGUCAAACUGUAAUGUCAUUUAGCAAAAUCUUGUUUAUUAAAUGAAAGAAUCAUUUA